AGAGCACUGUACUAAGCGCUUGGGAAGGAAGUCCAAGUUGGCAACAUAUAGAGACAGUCCCUGAAGUCGCCACCUUCUGCAGCAGACCUGACUCUCCAGACUCUCCCUCUUGGCAGAGAGACAGACCAGGGCAUUUCUGAUCAGAGCCUGGUUCUUCAACCCAAUUGCUGGGAUUCAACUCCAGGGACGGAUCCCGCUUGGGCCUGGGGACCCAAUCCUGACUGGGCGCCGAGGCCUGCGGAUGGCCCAGAAGGAGGAGAAGGCCGCCUCGCCCACCUCAAGCUACUCAGAGGGCAUGGCCCUGCCGCCUUCCCCUCCACGGAGUCCCAGCCGGAUGCUCUACAUUCACCAGAUUCCCGCCUGGGUGCUGGAGGAUUUCUGCCAGAAGAUGGACAGUCUGAAUGACUGGGACUGGAUGGAGUUUGCGUCUUAUGUGAUGACCGACCAGACCCAGCUAAGGAAAAUCAAAUCCAUGGAGAGAAUCCACGGGUUCAGCAUCACCAGGGAGCUUCUCUGGUGGUGGGGCAUGCGGCUGGCUACAGUGCAACAGCUGUUGGACCUCCUGCACCGACUGGAGCUCUACAGGGCAGCACAAGUGAUUCUGGAUUGGAGAGCAAUUCCUGAAACUGCCAGCGACCCUCAAACCUUCCCGAAUUCAACCAAACCUGGGAGAUGGUCUUUAUCUCCUGCGAGAAAUGGAGAGAAAAGCCUGGGAAAUGGAACGGAGCCCUGCUCAGAUCCUGCCUUCCCCAACUCAGAGUCAGUGCUAAAUGGAGCCUCCGAGAACUAUUGCCACCUGCCUCCCCCUGGAGAAGACCUCUUUCAUUCACUUAGGACAAAUCCUCCUCUUUCAUCUGACCUCAAGAGCUAUGCGCUUCCCAGACCUCAGCAAGAAACACUCCUGGACCUCAAUAGUGUGAGUCUUUGUUGGAAUGACGGGCAAGUGUCAGAGGCUACCAACAAUUUCAGUGAAGAGAAUAAAAUCUCUGAAGGGAAUUUUGCUGACAUUUACAAAGGUCAAAGAAACAAUGCAGUGUAUGUCUUCAAGAAGCUCAAAGAGACAGAAUGCACAAGUCAAAAACUGAUACAGAGAUUUUUCCACACCGAAGUACUAAUCUGCUGUCGGUGCUGUCAUCCUAACAUCUUGCAGCUGCUAGGCUUCUGCAUAGGAAACAGGUUUCACAGUCUGAUACAUCCUUAUAUGCUCAAUGGCUCACUAGAAGAAAGACUCCAAUGUCAAGGUGGCACUAACCCAUUGACCUGGGAGCAGCGAAUCAGCAUCUGUCUGGGCCUGCUCCGAGCCAUAGACUAUCUGCACGGGCUCAAGAUUAUUCACGGGAAUGUCAAGAGCUCCAACGUUUUAUUGGAUGGAAACUUUACCCCCAAGCUAGGACAUGCAGGGGCUCGGCUAUGUGCUAUUGAUAAAAAAUCCGAAUACAUGUCGAUGAAAACUCAGAUCUUUCAGGUCACAAUGGCAUAUCUGCCAGAAGAUUUCAUUAGAGUUGGGCAGCUCACCGAGAGAGUUGACAUCUUUAGCUGUGGAAUAGUUUUAGCCGAGGCCCUGACUGGCAUCCAAGCAGUGGAUAAAGGAAGAACUCCAGUUUAUCUGAAAGACUUGCUUAUCGGUGAAAUUCAAAAAGCCCACAAGAACACAGAAAAGCUGGUGGCAAAGGAAAUCUGUCAUAAAUACCUUGAGAAGAAAGUGGGGCUGCUUCCAGAGGACAGUGCUGUAGACUUUGCCACGGCCAUCUGCCUUUGUCUGCAGAAAAAAAGUCCUGCCUUGUCCAAGGUGUGCCUAACCCUGGAAGCUGCAGAACGUCGGACCAGGGGUCAGGGUGGACCUAACAAGAGCGAGCGUUCCGCGCUUGAGGGAUCUCUGGUUAAUCUGCCAGAGGAAACAGAUGACGUAGAUAACCUUAGCACGGAGGAGUCCUCAUCUGAUGACUACAACAGGGGCAGCUUCCGGGCAGGUGCCGCAUCCUUGUCAUCUGAAGGAGAUGCGUGCCCUGGUCCUUCACAUCUUCAAAAUGCUUCAGGGACUUCCUGGGGAAUUGAGAUCAAUGCUGCCAAAAAGAAGAUGAUGGAGGACAUUUUGCUGUAUAAAGAAGAAAAAUUAAACAGCUCUGAGCUAUUUGGGGCUUAUUAACCAGGAUUGAAUUGCACCUCUCCUUUGUAAUGACUUCCUUGGUGUAAAAAAAAAAUUGGGAGGACGAUAUUCUACUAAAAUUCAGGGAGAAAAAAAGAGUAAAAAUGUUCUAACAGGGUUUUCUUCUUGAGACACAUCAGUUCUCUGUGGUCAUAGAGAAUUUGGUUAUACCUGAGGGGAUGAGGUUGCUUUAGGCUGACCAGAACACAUCUCUAUUUCUUCAGACACAAAAAUCUGUCCAGUUCACGCUCUCUCCAUUAAGCUAAGUCAGAACUGUGAGCUUGCGAGCUGAGGCAGAUUGCUUGAAUUGGCACUACGCAGGAGGCAGAUGCUUCUGUGAUCUCUAAUCGUAAAGACCGUGCCAACUCCCCAACAGGCAUUUAACCUCCACUGACUGCUGACCUCGUACUAGCCUUUAUUUUACAACCUUCAAAAUUGCUUAAUCUUAUAAAAAAAAAUUAAAUGCCUAAAGACCGAUGAAAGUAAUAAUGCACUCUACGUUAAUCAGUCAAUGGUAUUUGAGUGCUUACUGUGUA